GGACGCCAGCAGGGUCCAAACUUCCGGUGCCUGCAGCGCUUGGAGCGGCGGUUGCACGGAGAGCGGCUGCACCGGCGGAGGCUGCACCGGCAGAGGCUGCGGGGCUGACGCGCGGGCAGGCGCAGCCAUGGUGAAGAUCAGUUUCCAGCCCGCCGUGGCCGGCAUCAAGGGCGACAAGGCCGACAAGGCUUCGGCGUCGGCCGCGGGCCCGGCGCCUGCCCCGGCCGCCGAGAUCCUGCUGACGCCGGCUAGGGAGGAGCAGGCCCCCUGCCACCGCUCCAAGAAGGGGAGCUCAGUGGGCGGCGUGUGCUACCUGUCGAUGGGCAUGGUCGUACUGCUCAUGGGCCUGGUGUUCGCCUCGGUCUACAUCUACAGAUACUUCUUCUUUGUUCAGCUGGCCCAAGAUAACUUCUUCCGCUGCGGUGUGCUCUACGAGGACUCCUUGUCCUCCCAAGUCCGGACUCAGAUGGAGCUGGAGGAGGACGUGAAGAUCUACCUCGAAGAGAACUAUGAGCGCAUCAACGUCCCUGUGCCCCAGUUUGGCGGUGGCGACCCUGCAGACAUCAUCCACGACUUCCAGCGGGGUCUGACUGCCUACCACGACAUCUCCCUGGACAAGUGCUACGUCAUCGAGCUCAACACAACCAUCGUGCUGCCCCCACGUAACUUCUGGGAGCUCCUCAUGAACGUGAAGAGGGGGACCUACCUCCCACAGACGUACAUCAUCCAGGAGGAGAUGGUGGUCACGGAGCAUGUCAACGACAAGGAGGCCCUGGGCUCCUUCAUCUACCACCUGUGCAACGGGAAGGACACCUACCGGCUGCGGCGCCGGGCUACCCGGAGGCGGAUCAGCAAGCGUGGGGCCAAGAAUUGCAACGCCAUCCGCCACUUUGAGAACACCUUUGUUGUGGAGACGCUCAUCUGCGGGGUGGUGUGAGGCCCCCCCACCCCGGCCCCCUGCCCCUGCCCUCUUCCUGUUUCCUUCUUUCUGGCCUCUUCUGGCCCUCCUCCUUCCCCUUGCUUAGCUUGUACUUUGGACGCCUUUCUGUAGAUGUGACCUGUCUCACCUUUCUAGCCCUGCCCGCUUCCCUGUACCAGAGCCGUGACCUCUCGCAGCCCCCAUCUCUGCUGAAUUCCUGGUGUGGGGGAAGGAGG